GUUUUGUUCGUCGAUGGUACGAAUAAUUUUGAGAGAGAGUUGAUGUAUAACUUAAAGAGCCGGUGCUGCACGCAAAAUGCUUUUCUAUUCCUUUUUUAAAUCACUAGUUGGGAAGGAUGUUGUAGUUGAAUUAAAGAAUGAUCUGAGUAUUUGUGGAACCCUGCAUUCAGUGGAUCAGUUUCUAAACAUAAAGCUGACAGACAUCACAGUAACAGAUCCAGACAAAUACCCUCAUAUGUUAUCUGUGAAGAACUGUUUUAUUCGUGGGUCUGUUGUGCGAUAUGUUCAGCUCCCAGCAGAUGAAUGCGACACUCAGCUGCUACAAGACGCAGCACGCAAAGAAGCGGCUCAGAACAGACAGAGGUGAUGAAAUACAGGCUUGUUUAACCACAUAAAGAGUAAAGAGGCAGCUUGAUUGACGUGUUUGAGCAUUAGAAACUGUUGUUCAAAUAUAACAAAUACAGAUGUACAUGUGUAGUAGGUAUGACCUACAGACAAGUGGAUUCUUAUGCUUCAACCUUUUUUCAUUUAUUAUUUCAUUUUUUUCUUAAUUUAGACAAAAAAUAUAUCAUGUCUUUACAAGGUUGAAGUAAUUUCAGUUGAACAUGUAAUUUCAACAGAUUUCAAGAUGUAAAUUCAUGUGAAGUAUUUCUAUACUUUGUGUCAUACUUUAUAUUUUGUAGCAAAUAUGUUACCUACAUUUUUGAUGUUUGAUAUAUGAAAAACUCUUUCAUUAUAAAAACUAGUAGUAUUGGCUUUAAUCACUUACAAACCAUAUUCUGCCUCCAGAGACUCAUUUUAUUUUAGAAAAAAAUUCUGUUAAAAAGGCACCAAAAAUGGCAAAUGUAUUAAUUGUAUCAUUUCUGGUGUUUAAGCUUUACAUGCAUCAUAUGUUGCACCUAAACUAUCAUGGUUUUGAUGUUGUACAUUAAAUAAAAAAAAAUAUCAAGAAGAAAAUAA